AUGCAGGCGGACGAAGUGAAGGAGAAGAAGAAGAAGAGCAAGAAGGCGUCAGAGAAGGCCGCCGAGCCUGCCGCCGCCGCCGCGCCCGCCGAGGAGGCGCCCGCCAAAACCAGCUCCAAGAAGCGAGCCACGCGAUCCGGCUCCAAUGUCUUUGCCAUGUUCACCCAGCACCAGGUGGCGGAGUUCAAGGAGGCCUUCCAGUUCAUCGACCAGGACAAGGACGGCUUCCUCUCGAAGAACGACAUCCGCGCCACCUUCGACUCUCUGGGCCGCAUCUGCACCGACUCCGAGCUGGAGGGCAUGAUCAAGGAGGCGCCCGGCCCCAUCAACUUCACCAUGUUUCUCACCAUCUUCGGCGACCGAACGCAGGGCACCGACGAGGAGGACGUCAUCCUCAACGCCUUUGCCCAGUUCGACGAGGGCAACGGCCUGUGCAAUGAGGACUCCCUGCGCCACUCGCUGUGCACCUGGGGCGAGAAGUUCAGCGCCUCGGAGGCGGACAACAUCCUCGCGGAGGCGCCCAGCGACGGCAAGGGCAACAUUGACAUCAAGAAGUUCGCACAGCUGCUGACGCGCGGCGACGAGGAGGAGGGUGGUUAA